AUGGCGGCGAGCCGCGACGAAAGGAGCUGGCGGAGCCCAUUGAUGGCACGGGCAAAUUCGCGAAAAGCUCCACGACGACCACUUGUCGCAAGAGCACUUCCCAGAACUCGGAGCUGGUUAGUUAUCGCUUUGCUGGCUUUGGCUACGCCGUUCGGGUUCGUCUGGGGCCUAACAGAGCCUGGCCCCAGAGUUCAGUGGGCGGUCAGGCGAUCUGGAGAUGUGGGGGAGCCUGGGCAGCAGACCCCGUGGGCGACGGUGGAAGCGGCCUACGACAAGAUUUCGGCCAACUUCGCUGAGAGCCGGCGGUUCCCAUGGCCAUUUGUGGUUACAUGGCUACAAGGAGGGAUUGACCGAGGGAUUGACCGAGGCUCUGGUGACCGAACUCUGUUGGUGGCUGGCUGUGGAGAUGGCCGGCACGUGCAGACGGCCUUGGAGCUGGGCUUCGAGAACAUCUUUGCCUUGGACCUCUCACAGGGAAUGCUCAGGGCAGCUGAGAAGCGCCUCGGUGAGCUCAGCGACCUCCAUGACAAGGUCGUUUUCUUGCACGGCGACACGCGCGCCGUCGCGCUGCCUGAUGCUUCCGUCCACGACAUCCUGUCUUGUGCAGUGUUGCACCAUUUGCCGCUGGCGGAGACUACGGCUGCCCUGAAGGAUUUGACACGCCUACUCCGGCCAGGGGGGAGAUUGUUGGCAUCCUGCUGGGAUCCUCGAGCCAAAGCUGUGGCGAAGCGAGGAAGAGCUGCAGAGGAUGGCUCUGAAGCUCAUUCCUACUGGGUGGCAUGGCGAUGUGCAGAUGGCAGUGAUGUCCAACGGUGGUACAACUUGCCACCAAUGGAGGUCAGGCAGCGCAGCUGGAGUCAUUUGCCGAACCUUCUUCUCAAGAAAGCGGAGCUUGAUGGCGACAAUCAAGUCUUUGAGUGCCUUGUCAGUCUAACUCUGGAGAUCGAGAUUGAGCCGAUCUUGGCCAUCGUCACGCGUGCUCCUGGCAGCGUCACGGAUCAUCUGCGGGGUAGGGGCCUCCUGUACUCCUCUGCUCUUCGCCUGGACCGCAAGGGUCCGCACGCCAGUGGCCAUCAGCGGUUUUCAAGCGGCUCCAGUUAUGCUACGGUACCCAAAAUCCCACACAAAGAGGCCCUUUCUGGCGUGGAGGAAGUGGCCGCGGCACAGGCCCCCUUGGCCACUUUCAGGACCUUCAGCUAUCGGCUUACAUUUAUGAAAGCCGGGGGCUGCUGUCAGGUGCGGCUGAACACCAUGCGCUCACUGGGCACCUUCAUUGGCCCCUUCGGGAGUACGCUGCUGUGCAUGCUGCCCAAGGAGGGCCUCUUCAACGAGCUCAACUCGGCAGGCUGGGCGAUAGCUGCGGCGAACCUCGUGGGCAUCGUGCUGUGCUGGUAUCGGCUUUCUGAUCCAGCUGUACCGAAGGGUGAACCACACCAAGGAGUUUCUGCUGCGGAGCGCGGGCAGGCCGCUCCUGCACGCGGCAUCCCUACCACUCCUAGCCAAGCCACAUGCCGGCACCGAGCAGCGCCUCCGGGAGCUAGCGGCGAGUUACGAGGGCCUCAGCCGAUUUGGACAACUCCUGUGAUUUGGACAUGCCUGUUGUUUCAGGUCACAACUGCGCUGCUCUUGGCAGUGCUAGAGGUGGUCCCGCCAAUCGUCCUCACAGACGAGUUCCGGCUGCCGCCGGCGGCAACGUCGAUUUUGUUCGGCGUUGCCUCGCUGGCAGUGUUCGCGUUGUUUGCGCUCGUUGAGGUCCUGAGUCGGAAGGUGAGCGGGCGAAAGCUGAUGAUCGCAGGCGUCGUUGUGAUGUCCUGUGGCGCCCUCUGGGCGCAGACGAGCUGGGCGGUAGGUGGGUCCUUCCUUGAGUUUGUGCUGCCCUGGUUGGUGAUCACCGUGGCACCAGCACCGCUCAUACGCACACCGGCCCGGACUCUCUACACCAGCCACCUCCCCAAGCAUGUUCAGGGCACCAUGCAGGGCAUCUCGGAGGCGGCGUUUUCCUUCGCCAACUUCCUUGGCCCCAUUUUGGGGAGUCAUGUGGCGACUUCAGGUGGCUUCCAAGGGCUGCGCCUGACGAUCCUCGGCUUGGUGGCGGCGGAAGUGUUGCUGCUGCUCAUCGGCUUCCCACGCCUGGUUCCCGGCUCUGAGCUUUAG